UAUUAUAUAAACGAAAUUUGUCUAUCAAAGUUAUGACCGUUAUUUAGUCGUAUGUUUAAUAUAGAUUCAGGCUGUUUGACGACUACCGUGAAGAAGAUUUUUAUGGGCUACCACGGAAAUACAGUAUUGUCGCUCGGGUAGAAGUUAAAUUCCCGAAGGAACCACGUUUCCGUGACAGACAACAUUUCGUUUUAUCUGACAUCAAUGUAAGCCAACAAUUCUUUAAGUUUCAUUUUCAAAGUUACACGAUCUUCAUACCAUCGCCUCUUCUCCUACUGAAAUACUAUUAGGGAGCCAAGAUCGAGGCCAUAACAUAUAUGUAUGAGACAGUCAAACAUUUCGACAAUUUGCUCCAUGAAAAGCAUGUUUACAAGAUGCAUAAUGUAAAGUUCAGUCUUCAUCCGGGUGAAUUUAAUUUUCGUCAUCUAAAUGGUCCCAUGGAAUUGUGUCUUGACCAACAAACUAUCGUGGAGCCAUACACUGUUCCAAUUCAAAUGGCGCCAUUCCCAAAACAAAUACUCUUGAACCUUGCUGAUAUUGCCGAGUUGCCAAACAGGACUUUAGUCGACAUUAUGGCUGUUGUAGUCCACUUGGAUACAAUACAACGCACAAUGUGGGGCCCUUUCAGAAAGAUUGUUAUAAUGGAUGCUAGGGGAUAUUUACAUAUCAUUAAAGUUUGGGGUGACCUACUAAACAAAAAUGCACUCCGCUGGGCGUUGGCUAAGGAGGAUUAUGGCAUAAUAAUUGGGACUAUGUUUAGACGGUUCAGAAGACAAGAGUGUCUCGAGUCUUCGGAUCAUACCGCAAUACACUUCAAUCCGUUCCAUCACAACACCCAUCAUUUUGGACCAAUCCAAAAAGCUUUGGUGGCGCUGAACAACCAUCAGUUUGCUGUGACAUUUCUUGAAGAACAAAGGCGUAGAUAGAUUCUACAAAUUCGCAAAGAGCAAUAAUUGGGACUAUGUUUAGGCGUAGAGAGAUUCUAUAUUGAUAGAAUACGUGUCGUACUGUUAUUGAUCAACCAAAAGCAACAGGAGGCAAACUUGUAUGUCUAUGAAUCUUAUUUGUAAUACCUAUGACAUGGGUUUAAUAAGAGAUAUUUUGUCAAAUUUUUUACCGUGCAAAUGAUUAAUAAAUAUUUUGUGCGAAAA